GGAUCGCGCGGGGUGGGGCUUGCAGGCACCUCGCGUGGGAAGGUCGGUGUAUAAGUCCCGACCUGGCCAGACUUCCUGCCCGCGGGGCCCAAGACUCUGGCACUGGAUACGCGCCAGGGGGCGUCGCCGGGCGGGAGCGGCUUCCUGGGAGCGGGCGGCUCAGGCGGCGAAUCGCGGGGACAGCUCACCUGGACCAGCGACAUGGAGGACGGCGUGCUCAAGGAGGGCUUCCUCGUGAAGAGGGGCCACAUUGUCCCCAACUGGAAGGCACGAUGGUUUAUCCUUCGGCAGAACACACUCCUGUAUUACAAGCUAGAGGGUGGCCGGCGAGUGACCCCACCCAAGGGAAGGAUCCUUCUCGAUGGCUGCACCAUCACCUGCCCCUGCUUGGAGUAUGAAAACCGGCCGCUUCUCAUUAAACUGAAGACCCGAACUUCCACUGAGUACUUCCUGGAGGCCUGUUCUCGAGAGGAGAGGGACUCCUGGGCCUUUGAGAUAACAGGAGCUAUCCAUGCAGGGCAGCCGGGGAAGGUCCAGCAACUCCACAUACAGAAAAACUCCUUCAAGUUGCCCCCACACAUCAGCCUGCAUCGAAUUGUGGACAAGCUGCAUGACAGCAGCAGUGGAAUCCGGCCGUGUCCCAACAUGGAGCAGGGAAGCACCUACAAAAAGACCUUCCUAGGCUCCUCCUUGGUGGACUGGCUCAUCUCCAGCAACUUUGCAGCCAGCCGUCUGGAGGGGGUGACCCUGGCCUCCAUGCUUAUGGAAGAGAACUUCCUCAGGCCAGUUGGGGUCCGGAGCAUGGGAGCUAUUCGUUCCGGGGAUCUGGCCGAGCAGUUUCUGGAUGACUCCACAGCCCUGUACACUUUUGCUGAAAGCUACAAGAAGAAGGUCAGCUCCAAGGAGGAGAUCAGUCUCAGCACCAUGGAGUUAAGUGGCAUAGUGGUCAAGCAAGGCUACCUAUCCAAGCAGGGGCACAAGAGGAAAAACUGGAAGGUGCGCCGAUUUGUUCUGAGGAAGGAUCCAGCGUUCCUGCACUACUAUGACCCUUCUAAAGAAGAGAACAGGCCGGUAGGUGGGUUUUCUCUUCGUGGGUCCCUUGUGUCUGCUCUGGAGGAUAAUGGUGUUCCUACUGGAGUUAAAGGGAAUGUCCAAGGAAAUCUCUUCAAAGUGAUUACGAAGGAUGACACACACUAUUAUAUCCAGGCCAGCAGCAAGGCUGAGCGAGCAGAGUGGAUUGAAGCUAUCAAAAAGCUAACAUGACCUAAGGGAACAGGACCAGAGUUCCUGUUCAUUCUUAUCAGCUGAUACAGAUGGGAUUUCAUGGAGAACUGGAGUACAAGACUGGGCUUGGGAUAUGGCUCAGUGGUAGAGGACCUGCCUAGGCAAUCCUGAGCCCCCGGGUUCAAUUCUUGGAAGUGUUUAACAUUGUCCCUUUUGUACUGCUUUGGAGCGAGACUACUCAAGAUGGUUCCUUAGAUGAUACUAGUGGAGUGACUUCCCUCCGUCUUCCUGUCAACGACGUGAAAAGCUGGAACAGCUGUUAGGCAGCUGAAGGACAGAAAUAUGUCUUGCAAGGCAGUGGUGGGGCACACCUUUAAUUCCAGCACUUGGGAGGCAGAGACAGACAGGUGGAUCUCUUUGAGUUCGAGCCCAGCUUGGUCUACACAGAGAAGUCAUCUCAAGAAACCACAAACACAAAAAAUUUGUGUCUUUGGGGACCACAGUAGUAUCUCUUUGUUGGAACACUAACUCGGACUUUGCUGUAUUAAAUACUCUAGUCUCAAGAUACUUUUCUUAAGUGAUUUCAACAAUUCACAUUUCUGGAAUUAAUAAAGAUUGACAUUUGUUUCUAUA